AUGAUGGAAAGGAUAAGAAAAGAGAUGAUUCUCAUGGAAAGAGGUCUACACAGCCCAACCACAGGCAAGAGGCUUUCCAAUCUGUCCGACUCAGCUGGGAAUGCAAUGUUGGAGGCCUUGGAAAAUGCUCAUCAUAACGCUCGCCUGAGUCCCAGGCUAACUUCUUCCUCUAUGCAUGGAUCUAUAGGGGAUAUACCCAGCAAAGGGAAAUUUGAGAUAGACACUUUGUUCAGCAUCUCUCACCCCAACAGUGAAUCUAAUAACAACAACGGAUCAGACCUCCCUGGAUCUGACAGAGGCAAGAAGAUACACCAGUAUUCAGACGUGGCUUCAGAGGCAGAUAUGAGCAGUGAUGUAGAGGUGGGGUGCUCAGCCCUGCGAUCCCCCAACAGCUUGAGUGGUACCCAGCUGAAGGACAGCAUCAGCAAAGGUAUGGACCUCUACUGCAGAAGUGGAUCAGUGGCCAGCACCACCAGUUCUUCCGCCAGUUCUGGAUUAGGCAGCCUGGGCAGCUGUAACAACCCCGUGGGGAGCUCCAGCUCUGCCGCUGACCAGGUGCGGAGAUACAGGACAGCAUUCACCCGGGAACAGAUAGGAAGGCUGGAGAAAGAGUUCUACAGGGAGAACUAUGUGUCUCGGCCCCGGAGAUGUGAGCUGGCGGCUGCCCUCAACCUCCCAGAGACUACUAUUAAGGUCUGGUUCCAGAACCGGCGGAUGAAGGACAAGAGGCAGCGCCUGGCUAUGUCUUGGCCUCACCCUGCGGAUCCUAGCUUCUACACCUACAUGAUGACCCACGCUGCGGCCACAGGAAGCCUUCCUUACCCUUUCCAUUCCCAUGUGCCUCUGCAUUAUUAUCCCCAUGUCGGGGUGACUGCAGCCGCCGCCGCCGCAGCGGCUUCUGGGGCUGCAGCAGCUGCGGCUUCCCCCUUUGCUACGUCUAUCCGCCCUCUGGACACUUUCCGUGCCCUCUCUCAUCCUUACUCCAGACCAGAACUCCUUUGCAGCUUCAGACAUCCGGGUCUCUAUCAGUCCCCAGCCGGCCUCAAUAGCACCGCUGCUGCUGCGGCCGCCGCUGCCGCAGCCGCAGCGGCUUCAGUCCCCGGAUCAACUCCUUGCUCUUGUCUCAGUUGUCACAGUAACCAGACGGCGUCAGCACUGGGCGCAGCCAGCAGGGGCUCGGAUUUCAGUUGCACUGCUGCUUCCCAGAGGUCGGAGAGCAGCUUCCUUCCGUAUUCUGCAGCAGUGCUCAGCAAAACCUCUGUUACCCCACCGGACCAAAGAGAGGACACCCCUCUGACCAGAUAA